AUGGGCUACAUCAACCGACGCAGCACGGUGAAGAGCACAUUCGAGCAGUCGAGCUUGAAAAUUACCUGCCUUUGGAGAAGAAACCAAGACUCACUUAAAAUUUCCAAAAUGGAUCUAUCUGCACUUAACAAAAUUGCUGAGCACGAGUUCUUGUCCAAGAAGAAAGCCACGGACUUAGAAAAAGAUCAUGCAUACAUGGUGACUGCGCUCAAGGAAGUAAAGACGAGAUUCGGCACGAAGAUCGUAGCCGAGAUCGAUGACAGCUUUCAAAUAUUUCUUCCAGAAAAGAUCUCAUCAGCAAUUUUGAAAGAUCAAGAACUUUUCAAUAAUCUCUCUAACACAAUAGAUAAAAGUAAAAAUGUUGGUCUGAGCAGUGUCAUGAAAGGAUUCAUUUCAUUUAAUUUGAAUCAGAAUGAUAUGCUGGAGAAUGCAGGCUGGCUUGGUAUUCAAGACAAUAUCAAAUCGGUCGUAGAUGACAAGGGAAAUUUUGACGUUGCGAUUCCACUGAGUAUGAUCUUGGGUUUUGCAAAAGACUAUAAAAAGAUUAUAGUUAAUAUGAAGCAUGAGCUCAUUCUCACAAGAUCGAGAAGCGACUUGAACUUAAUAAUCCAGGAAGGUACUGUAGCAUCUGGUGUAACUACUUAUGAAGAUUACGAAGUAAAAGUAUCAAAGAUAGAGUGGUUGAUGCCAUAUGUUGUUGCAUCUGAUAAACAAAAAAACCAGCUAUUGAAUUUCAUUGCCUACUGUCUGAUCUUACACGAUCGCAUCGUUCAGUACAAUCCUAUUAGUGGAGAUGUCAAGAAGCUCGUCUAA